AUCAUCAGGGCACUGAUGACCAGUGUGCCCUGAUGAUCAGUGUAGCCCCAUCAGUGCCAACUGUCAGUGCCCAUCAAUGCCAACUGGCAGUGCCCAUCAGUGCCACAUUAAUGCCACAUAUCAGUGCCCAUCUGAGCUGCCUUUCAGUGCCAACUAUCAGUGCCGGUCAGUGCCAACUAUCAGUGCCAAUCAGUGCUGCCUAUUAGUGUUACCAAUCAGUGCCAUCUAUCAGUGCCAGUCAGUGCCACCUAACAGUUCCAGUCAUUAGUACCGCCUAUCAGUGCCAGUUAGUGCCACCUAUCAGUGCCGCCUAUUAGUGCCAUAU